AUGGACAGCUCUAACCAUUCACUCGCGCGCCGAUUGUCGUUCGAAAGCACAACGACCAGCGAAUUCGAAAUAGUUCCUCGUGAGCGUUCCUCGUCUGGCAGUACCGUAGGAGGUAGCUACUGCAAAGAGUUAUCGGAGUCUUCUUCGCCGUCACCAGCAGCAGCUUCGUUCAACGUUCCCGAUUUGUUCAUAGCAAAUAGUUCCUCCGAUCACAGCCCACCGCAAUGCGAUGACACAGCUCCGAAACCAGCGUCUCCCAACGGAGAAGCCAGCAUCCGCCCAUUUACUAACACUGCAUCUCAGGCUUCUGCUGAAAAUAGAAGUUUAUACUUGGCAUACCUCAGGCUUCUACGGAUGCUUGUACUACUGAGCACAAUGGCUAGGGAAUCUGCGGGCAUGCUUGAGCAGGUCUUCCAUGAGCUUUUCACUAUCAAACAACGAAAUUCCAUGCUCGAAAGAAUGGCCCAACAAUCGCAUGAGUGGAGAACCGCGACAGAACAGUUAGAGAAGGAGACUAAAAUACUGCACAAAACUGUGAAGGCGUGCAAGAACCGUGAAGAAAAACUAGAGGAAGAAGUGAAGCAGCUUCGUCAGGAGAAAGAAGAGUUGAUUAGUCAAAUGAAUACGCCAAAGGUGAGAAAAUUUCAGACACGUGUUAGCACCAUUCACUCUUUGAAGACCCUUCUCAGAAGUUGCACUAGCCUUUUCGAACUUUGUCGCCGAGGGUCGACAGAGUGCCACCUGUGCUCGCUUGAAAUUGUUUUUGUCAGCCUACAGACGAAUCGAAGGAAAUGA